AUGUCCAAUGCAAUUAAUGAAUUAAUAGAAACUAGUUGGAAAAUAACGAAGGGUAAUGCUGAUUAUAUAUUCAUGUCACAAGCUAGACCUUUGAUUAAUGAAAUUCAAAAAAUUUUGAGAAUUGAUUCAAUAUUUAAUGAGCAAGAAAACAAAUUAAUUGAUCAAUUUAUUCAUGAAAAACCAACUAGAAAAUUAAAUAAAUAUGAAUUCAGACAGUUUUUAAUCAAUUCAGUGCAUUAUGCUUCAUUGGAAGAACUAUUUGUAAGUAGAUUUAAGAUGGAUUGUGGAGAUGUACGAAGAUGUCUUGAUGAAUAUUCAAAUGAAAAUAUAACUCAACCAGUUUCAAAAUUGAGAGCUUGGGAAGAAAUUAAACAACGUGAUGAUUUCAUAAGAGAACAAACUACAACUAUUGAAUCAUAUGAAUCUAAGUAUAAUAGAUUAUUAUUAGACAAUAAUGAACAAAAGAUUAAAAUUGAAAGACUACAAAAUGAAAUUGAGAUUUUAAAUAAUUAUAUAAAGAGUAUGCAAAAAGAAUUGAGUAAAACUCCAGGUGAAUCCAAAACAUCAAGUUUAUUAAAUAAGCUUAAAGAUAGAGAUAUUCAUGUUAAAAAUUUGGACCAAGUAUGUAAGGAAUAUAAAUCAAUGUUAAAACAAUAUGAAAAGAAAGAACUAGAGAUUAACAACGUAAUGAAAGAUUUAGAGAAAACAAUACUAGAACAAGAUAAACUAAUAAAUAAUUUACAAGAGAAAUUUGCAUUACAAAACACUGAAUCAAAGAUUAAGAAUUUUUUAAUAAGUAUACCAAUCAUUAAACAAUGUUAUAUGCUGCUUAAAUAUAAACAAGAUAAUAAAAUAACCAGAAUAUUCAUAUUAAAUAUAACAAGUUUAGUGCUAACGUUUUUAUUAUUUGCAAAUAUAAUCAAUGCAUGUUUUCGGUUCGUGUUUGCAAUUUUUUAUUAUAUAACUUCAUCAAAAUAUUUCGAUAAGUUCAAUUAUGUGUAUGAUAAUUACGGGCAUAGAUUUCAAGUGCUUGAAAUAUGGAGACGAAUACCGUUUUUAGAACAACUAAUAUAUAGAGUAAUAAAUUGGUAA